AUGCGUCGCAACGUCCUGUCAUCCCUUAAUAGAUCUUCGUCCGUCCUGAUUGUCAACAUUGGAACUUCUGGUGUCGUUCCGGCAGCGGCUGUAGCCUCCCGUUUGCAAACAACGUUCCAUGGACCACCAGGUAACGUCCCUCCAAACUUUCGCGCCCCACCACUGAGGGGGGCAGCUCCUACCCAGCACCAGAUGUCACCGCAGCAGCAGCAAUUCUACCAACAGCAACACAUGCAGCAGCAGGAAUUCCACCAGCAACAGCAACACAUGCAGCAACAGCAGUUCCACCAGCAACAGCACAUGCAGCAGCAGCAGCAACCGCAAAUGCACUCAUCGGCAGUCGGCGCAGAAGCAGAAGAUGACUUCGAACCUCCACGAAAGCCAUCGGAGCCUCCAAGGUUAUUGCGGUUAGACACGAGUGACCGGGGCAUCACAACAGUGGCACUUAGUCGUGCACCCGUGAACUCACUCAGUCUAGAGCUCUUUGAAGAAUUCAACAGUUGGAUGUUGUGGCUUGGUAGUGACGAAAGCUGCAAGGCGAUCAUUUUGACAUCCUCGAUACCCACUGUUUUUUCGGCAGGUCUGGACAUGAGUGAAAUGCACAACCCGGAACCCGAGCGCCUCCGGCGCUUUUGGAAGAGCUUUCAGGAGACGUGGCUCAUCCUCAACAGCUUCCCGAAACCAAUCAUCGGGGCGAUUAGCGGCAAUUCUCCGGCUGGUGGCUGCGUGCUCGCUCUCGGUUGUGAUUCCCGCGUGAUGGUCCGGCACCCAGCUGACAAACCCGACCGCCCGUACCGCAUUGGUCUCAACGAGACGAAACUUGGCAUCACCACACCACCCUGGGUUAUUCCCGCCUAUGCGUACGUUCUCGGUUCGCGGCGUGCUGAGAGGAUGCUUCAACUUGGUGAAACGCCCACCGCUGACGAGGCGCUUCGAAUGGGUUUGGUUGAUCUGGUUGUGGAUGGGGAACACCAGUUGCGCGAGGCAGCCGUGAAGGAGGUUGAGCGCUUCCUGUCAGUUCCGCAGCAGUCGCGCUGGAUGUCGCGCGAUAUGCUCCGCCGUGAGUUCUUGCAGUUCAUUGGCUCCGAGGAAGAUAGAGAAUAUGACACGCAGUUCUUCGUGGAGCUUAUGAUGAACCCGGAAGUGCAGAAGAGUCUUGAAGCUUUCACGGCACGUUUAAAGGGUAAGGCAGUAAGGAAGUGA